AUGAUUCAACUCCUAUUCCUUUUUGCACUCGUUUCCAGUGUUAUUGGCCGCUCGACUGUUAUUAAAUAUAAGCAUCAAGACGCGUACGAAGACUUUUUGAAUUUAAUGGAGAGCUUCGAACGGACAGAGAAACCGAAAGCAAAACCAAAUUGGGCCUACAACAGUGAGCUAUACGGAUUGGACCGACACGGAAAGCCAUUCAUGAAGUGCGUUGAAUUUAAUGCCACCACCUCGCCGAAAACUCGAAAUGUGCGUUGCUCAGCUUCAGGCGACAAAGAUCGACCGGGUUGUUUUGCAAUGUAUGAUUUUGAGACAAAACAACUUUUGCAGGGAUGCUAUAAUUAUCAAGAGGAUAUUGCACAUUUUUGCGAGACAUCCAAAAGAUGUACAUUCAGCAGUGAUGCUAAAGUCGGAUUCUGCUGUUGUGUGGGACAACAGUGCAACUCACAGAAGAAGAUUAUGUAUAACGGCGAGCCUUUAGAAACCGUGAUAAAUGAAAAGCGUAAAAAAGAUGUGACAGAUUUUUUACGACGAUUUUAG